GGAAGUUGAUGUUUUGGCUGCAGUGUGAAGAGGUGGAGUAAGUGGCCCAAGUUUGGAGAGAGAGAACAGCUCUCUAGGAAUAAAGGCUUCAGAGAGAAGGCAUAGCUUGGAGAAUGAGCCAUGACACUGAGAGCUCCACAAUGUCGGAAAGUGAUGAGCUGGUUUUCUUUGUUAAUGGACACAAGGUUGUGGAGAGAAAUGUGGACCCUGAACUGAACCUGAUAACCUACCUGAGGAGGAAAUUGGGUCUGACCGGAACAAAGCUCGGCUGUGGGGAAGGAGGAUGUGGUUCGUGCACUGUGAUGAUCUCCAAGUACAGCCCGCUCCAGGGGAAGAUUGUACACGUGGCCGUGAACGCGUGCCUGGCGCCACUUUGCUCCCUCCACCACACGGCUGUGACCACAGUGGAGGGGAUCGGGAGUACUGGCACCCAGCUUCAUCCAGUCCAGGAGCGUAUUGCAAAGGCCCAUGGCUCCCAGUGCGGAUUCUGCACCCCUGGAUUUGUCAUGUCUGUGUACACUUUAUUACGGAACAAUCUGAACCCCACAAUGGAGGAGAUCGAAGACGCUCUUCAAGGAAACUUGUGUCGCUGCACAGGAUACAGACCCAUCCUCGAGGGCUACCACACCUUUACCCAGUCACCAAGCUGCUGUGGAGGAGCUGGCAGAGGCGAGAGCUGCUGCAAGGAACAGUCUGGAGAGAAAUCGCCCAAACUUUUCGAAUCAUCGGAGUUUAAGCCUCUGGAUCCCACUCAGGAACCCAUCUUCCCUCCUGAACUGGCACUUAGUGAAUAUCCUCGGAGAACGCUGGUAUUCAGAGGGGACCGAGUCACCUGGAUUCAACCUACAACUCUGAAUGAGCUGCUGGCUCUGAAGGCUAAAUACCCUGAGGCCAGGCUGGUGGUUGGCAACACGGAAGUGGGCAUUGAAAUGAAAUUCAAGAACAUGUUGUACCCGGUGAUUCUGGCUCCAACUCAUAUUCCAGAACUCAAUUCCACCCAACGCACAGAUACAGGGAUAUUGUUCGGGGCAGCGUGCACACUGACCUACGUUGGAAGCGUGCUGAAGGAAGCUGUGGACGAGCUCCCCGGCUACAGGACUGAGGUUUUCAAGGCCGUGUUGGAGCAGCUGCGCUGGUUUGCAGGGCAACAGAUCCGGAACGUCGCGGCUGUUGGAGGGAACAUCAUGACCGCCAGCCCUAUCUCAGACCUCAACCCCCUGUUUGUGGCCUCUGGCUGUCUACUCACCUUGGCCUCCCAAGGGAGUACCCGGGUUGUGCAGAUGGACGUAGAUUUUUUUACCGGCUACAGGAAGACCAUGUUAAGCCCGCAGGAGGUCCUGGUCUCUGUGGAGAUCCCCUACACGAGGAAGGGAGAGUACUUUUCAGCAUUCAAACAAGCCCAACGACGUGAGGAUGACAUUGCCAUAGUGAACUGUGGGAUGCAAGUUGCCUUCAGGGAGGGAACCAGUGUUGUGGAAGAGUUGGAGCUGAGCUACGGAGGCAUGGGGCCAACCACUGUGUCUGCAAAGAAGACGUGUCAGGAGCUUCUUGGGAAACAGUGGAACAAAGAGCUCCUCCAGCGCGCCUGCUCACUGCUUGCAUCCGAGCUCACCCUUUCACCCUCUGCUCCCGGUGGGAUGGUGCAAUUCCGACGUACCCUGAGCCUCAGCUUCUUCUUCAAGUUCUACCUCAGCGUCCUCCAGAAACUGGGACAAGACUUCAAGGGGGAUUUUCAAGUGGAAUCCAUCCCACCAGAACAGAUCAGUGCCACUGAGUUAUUCCACAAGGACCCGACAUCAUCUGUGCAGCUGUUCCAGGGAGCACCUCCUGACCAGGUCCCCACAGACGUGGUUGGCCAUCCACUGCCGCAUCUGUCGAGCCUCAAACAGGCCACGGGGGAGGCCAUUUACUGCGAUGACCUGCCGCGGUUUGAGAAGGAGUUGUACCUGGCUUUAGUGACCAGCACGGAAGCUCACGCCCAGAUCAGUUCAAUUGACACUAGCCAGGCCCUGAAGGUUCCUGGAGUCACCUGUUUCCUCACGGCCAAGGACAUCCCAGGAAGCAAUGUGACCGGACAUAUAGCAAUGGAUGAGACCGUGUUCGCUGAUGAUGUGGUCACUUGUGUCGGACACAUUAUCGGGGCAGUUGUUGCUGACACAGAGGAUCAUGCCCAGAUCGCUGCAAAGGCAGUGAAAGUCACUUACAAAAAGCUAAAGCCCAUUAUCACCAUUCAGGAAGCCAUCAGCCACCAAUCCUUCCACAUUUCACCACUCAAAUUUGAGAAUGGAAACAUCGAACAAGGAUUUGGACAAGCUGAUGACAUCGUUGAGGGGAAAAUACACAUUGGAGGCCAGGAGCACUUCUACCUGGAGACACACUGCACGGUGGCUGUGCCCAGAGGUGAAGACGGUGAAAUGGAAGUCUUUUCAUCAACACAGAGCCCUUCAGAAACACAGGGCCUUGUUGCAAAGGCGCUCGGUGUCCCCGCCAACAAGAUCGUGUGUCGGGUGAAGCGGCUCGGAGGGGGCUUUGGUGGGAAGGAGUCACGCUCCAUGAUCCUGUCGACUGUGGUGGCAGUUGCCGCUUAUAAGACAAAACGUCCCGUUCGAUGUGCACUCAGUCGUGAUGUGGAUAUGUUAGUGAGCGGGGGAAGGAAUCCUUUUCUGGGACGCUACAAGGUUGGGUACCAGAAGAGCGGGAAAAUCGUGGCCGUGGAUCUCACACUUUACUGUAACGCAGGAAAUAGCCUGGACCUUUCAUCUUGUAUCUUGGAGCGGGCUUUGUUCCACAUGCUCAAUGCUUAUAAAAUCCCCAACGUUCGAGGGAUUGGCUACGUCUGCAAAACAAACCUACCUUCCAACACGGCGUUCCGUGGAUUCGGGGCACCUCAGGGAAUGCUGAUCGCUGAGAGUUGGAUGGACGCUGUUUUCCAGAAGAGCAGACUGCCUGCAGACCAAGUGCGGAAGUUGAACUUGUACCAAGAGGGAGACAUCACCCACUUCAGCCAAAAGAUGGAAGACGUGAAUAUUGUGAAAUGUUGGGAUGAAUGCAUGGAGAGCUCGUCCUAUCACAGCAGAAGAAAGGCAGUGGAUGAAUUUAACAGGCAGCAUCGCUGGAAGAAGAGAGGGCUGGCGAUUAUUCCAACCAUGUUCGGAAUAAGCUUCACUGCCACAUUCUUGAACCAGGCGGGAGCUUUGGUUCACGUUUACACUGACGGCUCAGUGCUCCUGACUCACGGCGGGACUGAAAUGGGCCAAGGGCUCCACACCAAGAUGGUGCAGGUUGCCAGUAAAGCGCUGGGAAUUCCAGUUUCCCGGAUUCACAUCAGUGAAACAAGCACCGCCACCGUCCCGAACACAAGUCCAACAGCAGCCUCAGUCAGCUCUGAUUUGAAUGGAAUGGCAAUUAAGAAUGCGUGUCAGACUCUUCUGGAAAGGUUGGAACCAUUCAAGGCUGCCAAUCCAACAGGAGCCUGGGAGCAAUGGGUCUCCGCCGCUUACAUGGAAAGAGUGAGUCUGUCAGCAGCGGGAUUUUAUAGGACUCCUGAUUUGGAUAAAGAAAGACCCUUCAGUUACUUUAGUUACGGUGUGGCUUGUUCUGAAGUUGAAAUUGACUGUCUCACUGGGGAUCACAAGAACCUCCGCACUGACAUCGUCAUGGAUGUUGGCUUGAGCUUGAACCCGGCAUUAGACAUCGGGCAGGUGGAAGGAGCCUUUGCACAGGGCCUCGGCCUCUUCACUUUGGAGGAGUUGCGUUAUUCACCGGACGGAGUCCUGUACACUCGGGGUCCGGGCACCUACAAGAUCCCAGCGGCCGGCGACAUUCCAGCCGAGUUCAACGUAUCCCUCCUUCGGGAAGCUCCGAACAAGAAAGCAAUUUAUUCUUCCAAGGCUGUCGGAGAACCCCCUCUAUUCCUCGCAGCCUCCAUAUUCUUUGCCAUCAAGGAUGCCAUUGUCGCUGCCAGGGCAGCGUCUGGAGUGAUGGAACCUUUCCGUCUGGACAGCCCGGCAACGCCAGACAGGAUACGAGUUGCCUGCGUGGAUGCCCUGACCGAGAUGUGCCCUCCUGCAGAACCAGGAACCUUUACUCCUUGGAACGUUGAAGUAUAGCCAGAGCCCAGAAGGUGACUGAUUCUAGUGAGCUCAUAAGGGAACAUUAUUUCGGUGUCCAAC